AUGGCUUCUGUUGUAUCGAAAGUUGUUGAAUAGUUUGUUGACAAUAGCUGGAUCUGAAAUUGUUGAACUUGGGCUAAUGAUUGUUUGCUAGUAUUAUCCCGAUUUCUGAUAAUGGUGGGAGUUCGAGUGAGUUGAUUAGAGUUUUUGGGGGACCGGGAAUUGGUGAUGUUAGGAGUACGUUUUGAUCCGUUUGUCAAUCAGUGCUGUUUUUCCUGAGAUUUCUAUGAUGUCUUCUCUCUCUUGAUUGUCAAUUCUGUCAUCUCAGUGAACCUCCUCUCAUACUAGCUUUCACUCUGAUAUCCAACAUGCUAAGUAGAUACCCAGGUCGUCUCAUCCGUCUUAUACCUACAUCGCCUAAUUCUCCCUCGACGAUUGCCAUGAAAACACUCUUCAACCACCGCCUUUCUUCCACGCCUUCAGAAGCACGAGAAGAGUGGCACCAGAUUGUAGAAGGCACUCACCCACUAUGGCAGGACAUCCCUUCCCAAAAACUCGAGUUAAUCCGCUCAUUCUUCAACACCAUCAACCUCGAAAUCCUGAAAAGGACUCGCAAAACCUCUGCAUUCAACUUCCAGACUGCAUCAGUAGGAAAUCUGUUCCUAACCGGCGCCCGUCUGUUCACGGGUUCAUUCGAAAGUGCAAUAUACCUCUUCGGAGCCAUUACCAAUGUUCCAGCAAACAUCAAAGUCAUCCCCGCAAUCAACAGUAACUUCAGCCACCACAUAGCCGCCGGUCUCCAAGACGGCACCCAAAUCGUAGGCCAAAACGAAAUCUCCCACCCCUCAGCCCCAACCGCCUUCCCCUCCUCCUUCCCCUCCCCCUACGACCACGACACCCCCCACGAAGACGCCCACCUCCCGGGCUCUCUCCCCUCCCUGCGCAAACAAAACAUCAUCUUCGCCAAAUCCCACACUUCCGAUUUACCCACCCCCAUCGAAAGAAUCUGGUACAUAAACCCCUACGGCCAAGAGCUCCGUCCGACACCCAACCCCAAAGUCCUCCAAGCCAUCAAGGAAGCAAACGGCGUAGUCUACUCCAUCGGCAGCCUCUACACCUCCAUCCUCCCAUGUCUCAUCCUCCGCGGUGUCGGCUCCGCUAUCCGCGAGAAGCCCUUUAAGAUCCUCAUCCUCAAUGGCUCGCUGGAUCGCGAGACACGGUGGGAGGGCGGGGAGUACACUGCGAAGGAGUUCGUGCGAGCGAUUGCCCGUGCCGGGUGGAGUUCUGAGUUCCCUCCUGCUGAACUGGGAGGGGUUAUAGGUGCGGAAGGAGGGGGUGAGGUGGGGGAGAUGGAGUAUCGGUGUUAUGUGUCGCAUAUUAUUCAUUUGCAAGGUGAGGGGACGCCGCGGGUUGAUAAGGCGGAGAUGGCGAGGUUGGGGAUUGAGACGGUGAGGAUUUAUGGGAGGAGGAGGGAGGGGGAGGGGGGCAUGGUUUAUGAUGGGACGGCGUUGGAGCAGGCGCUGGAGGCUAUUAUGGGGCGGAGGGAUUUGAGGAGUGAUAGGAGUCGGAGGAAUACUUUGGGGAAUGCUUUGAGUUAGAUCUUUUUGGUAAGUAGGGCGUAGGGGGUUAGGAUAGGUAUGUUAGGUUGCGUUAUUAUAUUCUUAAUAGUCGUAUAAUAGUCAUUCAAGAAGUUUUAGUACUCCACGCUCUAGAUAAAAGCCUGCAGG